CCUUGGUUUAAAUGGGGGUCAAAGAUUUGGUGGGUGACGUUUUGUAUUCGAAUUCAGUAGAAAUAGGAUUUAAAGAUUUUUUGAGCGAAGUUUUAAGUUUUGUCCGAUUUGCAUCAAACUUAAGAAUACGUGUUUCAGCCAAAAAAAUGGUUGCAUGUAGGUUUUUAGCUUACCGUCCGAUUGGCUUCAAAAUCAAUUUCGGUAAUCUUCUUGGGUGGCAAAUAUGGGUCAAAGGUUUCAUAAAUGAAAGUUUACUCUUUAGCUUCAAGAUUUUCAUCGCAAGACUAACAUGGGCGGGAAACGGUUGAUUCCAAAACUUGGUUCUUUUUUCGAUGCACUUAAAACAUAUUUUUUAAUAAAAUUGAUUUGAAUUUUCUACGGGUGGGUACUUAGUGGAAAGGUAAUAUCUAAAAUUUUUGGCACGAAAAGUUCCACGGGCAAGGCCGGGCAAUAUCCGCUAGUAUAUGUAUAUUUCUAUGGUUUCUAUUAGUAUAUUAGGAAUACAAAUUUUAUUAGCUUCUACGGCCUUUGACUAACAAUUUCCUAAAUGAGCCUGUCUAAGGAAUAUAUAUAUUUAACCAACUAGAUAUCGAAUAGGAAUUCUUGAAUAAAGUAGGCAUUUGAUUUAAUUUAAAAUUUUGUAAAAUUUGGGUAGCCAUGCUUUUAAUGUUGAUUGCUUGCUAAAAGGUGCCGAAUCAAAAAGCAAAUAAAAUUGUGUCCGGAUUGCAGAGCAAGAAGAAAAAAAAUAAAUAGAAAAUUUGACAGACAAAUCUGAUCGCCAUGGAUCCCAUGAAAUCAAAUGCUGAGAUAAAAGACCUUAUGAAGACUGACAGCAUUGACCAAUGGAAUGGGCCAGAUCCUGGUACCGUUACGGUGGCCACACAAACCGAAGAUUUGAAAAUUCGUAGCUUGGAGACCAUACCGCAACCUCGAAAAUUUGCUAGGCCCAAGACAACGUAUCAGCAGCAGCAGAAGUGGCCAGAUAUGAAUCUGGACGUAACCAAUGAGACAGACAAGUGCACAACUCGCAACAAGGCGUGUCAGACUAUUAAAACUGGUGUCAAGCGAUUAUCGACCGAUUCCCAAAUGGAUAAUCUGCGGGCCGUUAUGUAUCAAAGACGAAAAAUGGCCAUAGACAUGGAUCGGGCCCAUUUAGAGAAGUUAAUGGAGACAAUUAAUGCCGAUCCACCGCCCCCCUGGCAUGAGGCGUCACUCCUGUGGCUGGAGGUCGACAAGUUGGAGAAUCGCAUUGAGGAAUUCGACAAAGGCAAGACACCGUAACAAGUUACACGAAGAGCGAAACAUAAUCCGUCCAUAGCUAUAUUGUGAUUGUAUAAAUAAUUUACAGCUUUAAUAGUUAAAUAUAUAUAUAGU